AUGAUUCCUGAUCCAAAAAUUAAAAGCAAAGUCAUUCGAAUGAGUAUUGAAGAAGUUUUGACAUCUGCUGAAGACGCAGAUAUAUCUGUGGCUAAAGACCAUGAUCAAAAAUCAGAUAGAGAAAAUACAUCGGAGCUUAUUGAUAAUACUCAAAUUUUACCAGAUUCCCAAGAUCAGGAAACAGUGUUAGGCGAAGUCUUAGGUGAAACUCUAUACACACCUAUUCAAAAAAAGAAAGUAGGCCUAGAUACAGAAAAUAUACUCACAACUCCAUCCAGAUUUAAAGUUAAAAGACCAUUAUUUUCUCCAUCGCCUAAAUGUAAAAAAGUAGCCAAAAUAGAUUCUCCAAAUACUAUGAGUUUGAAAAAAACUAUUAAAAAUCUACAACAAGGAAUUAGACGGAAAGACAAAAAAAUCAAAAAUCUUGUUGGUUUAAUUGCUUCAAUGAGCUCUAAAGGAUUAAUUGAUAAUCAAUCUGAACAACUUUUAACUGACAGACUUGAAGGAGUAUCCAAAGAAUUAUUUUCAAAUGAACUUUUAAAUAAAGGUAGGAAAGCUACUGGUUUUCGCUACAGUAAAGUAAUUAAAGAGUUUGCUAUAACGCUAAAUUACUAUUCUCCGAAAGCGCUUAAGUACUGCAGGUAA